UGUACUCAACUCGCGUCAAAGUCGUGAUUGUUUCGAUUUCGAUUCGAUAAUUCACUUUAUAAUAUUUUUCCACACUUUAUUGUUUGUUAACUCGUUCUGCUGCUACCUUCAAAAUGUCUUUACUAUUUAGAGUUGCAUUAAAACCCCUAAAUGUUAUUACGCGAUCCCUGCAGACUAUAACAUCAGGUACCUCUAGUACAUCUCUAGUGAAGACGGAGUUACCACUCUUUACCUCCAUAAGAAAUAAAGUUCGUUGUUACUUUCCUCGUCCAAAUGAAGUGAGAAGAGUUCGCAGACAUGGAUGGCAAACUAAGAUUUCUACUCCCAAUGGCCGUAGACAAAUCAUGAGAAGAAUACUGAAAGGAAAAUUUGUGUUAACUCAUUAAAUAAUUAAUCCAUAGUAAAAAUUUAGUUUAGGGCUGUUAUUGUAUUAUUGUUUUGCCAUUGUCAAUAUAUUCAUUGUGUAAAUAAAUAAGACUUUGGUCACAAA